UUUUCUUUUUCUUUUUUUUUUUUCUGCUUUCCUUGUUUAUUGACUUGACAAUAAAUUAAUAAUCUUUACCAUGGAUAGACGAAGAAGAAAAACUUUACCUGUAGUCAAAACUGAUCAUGACAUUGAACAUCCUGAAGAUGAACUUUAUACCAUGACAGAAGAACCUGAAGAAGAGUAUCAACAACAACAACCAUUACCUCCUCCUCCUCCUGCUGCUACUACUACUCCUCAAGGUCAUUGGGUUAAACUAGCCGAAGAUGAUAAUACUUCUUAUUUAUUUAGACAUAGUAUUGGACUGGAAGAAAUCCCUGGUGUAGUGCAGACUUUAAAACCUCCGAAAAAUGCCAAAGAACGACCUUUAGAUAGUAAGUUGGCUAUCAUUAUGGUCGGGUUACCUGCUCGAGGAAAAAGUUACAUUGUCAAAAAACUUCGACGUUAUCUUAAUUGGCUUCAAUAUGAAACAAGGGUAUUCAAUGUGGGCAAUACUCGACGAGACCAACGAACAGCAGAUAUGGAUCAAUCAGCCAGCUUUUUCGACCCAGAUAAUAAGGACAUGAAACGAAUGCGUGAUGAAUUGGCCAUGAAUGUAUUGGAACAACUAAUUGAUUGGUUGAAAAGUGGUCAUCGGUCUUCUGUAGCCAUUCAUGAUGCAACAAAUUCCACUAUUGAUCGCAGAAAAUUACUGAUAGAUCGACUGCGAAAAGAACCAUCGAUAAAGAUUCUUUUGAUGGAAUCUGUUUGUACUGACCAAAAGGUAUUAGAAAGGAAUUUUAGGCUCAAGUUAUUAGGACCAGAUUACAAGGAUAAAGAUCCAUGCAAGGCAUUAGCUGAUUUCAGGUCUAGAGUGGCCAACUAUGAACGUGCUUAUGAACCAUUAGGAGACUGGGAAGAAGAACGUGAUCUACAAUAUUGCAAAAUGAUCAAUGUUGGGAAAAAAGUGGUGGCUUACAAUAUCUCUGGUUAUCUGGCAGGACAAUGUAUCUUCUAUCUUAUGAAUUUCAACUUAUCUGAACGACAAAUAUUUGUGACAAGACAUGGUCAAAGUACGGAUAAUUUAGAAGAUCGAAUUGGUGGCGAUGCCUCGUUGACACCUUUAGGAAGAAAAUUCGGCAAGGCAUUAGAAAAAUUCAUUGGAGAACAACGCAAAUCAUUUGCUAUCGAUUUGGCCAAAAGCAAAUAUGAACAGGAACAAAAAUGGGAGUCGUAUGGUUUGGAUUCUUUGGACUUGACUGAUGGGUCCAAAGAUAAGGACAAGGAAACAACACAUGAUAUUAUCAACUCUCAAGCCGAAGCCAUCUCAUCCUCACAAUUCACUAUAUGGACAAGUAUGUUAAAACGUUCAACGGAAACAGCAGAGACUUUUAAUGUAGAGGAUUACGAUAUCAAGCACAUUCGAUUCUUGAAUGAAAUCAAUUCUGGGGAUCGCGAACGUAUGACAUAUGAAGAAAUCAAACAACAGUACCCUGAUGAAUUUAAAGCACGACAAGAAAACAAACUUUAUUAUCGAUACCCUGGAAUGGGAGGUGAAUCCUAUAUUGAUGUGAUCCAUAGACUUCAACCCUUGAUUAUUGAACUGGAAAGAAUGACCCAAUCAUGUUUAAUCAUUACACAUCGAGUGGUGCUACGUAUUAUCCUUGGAUACCUUUUAGACUGGUCAAGAGAAGAAAUGCCUCAUAUGUUGGUACCAUUACAUACAGUAUAUGAACUUCGUCCUAAACCUUAUGGAUCUCAAUUGAAGAAAUGGAAAUACGUAGAAGAAAAGGAUACUUUUGAAGAGUUUUAGUUACAUAUAGUUAUUUAGUUUAGUUCAUUUUGUAUUUUAAUAUAUAUUGUAACAAUGCUUUGGCCUUUCCCCACAAAAUCUGCGGUGUUUCAACACUGCGUUUUCUAUAUCUUUUCGAAAUUCUUUUUUUUUUCCUUCUUUC